CUAAAAACAGCCGUAGAAGAAGAAGCAGAAGAAGAAGGUUUGAAACAGCGCGCGGCCUGCUGUCAGACAAGAUGGCGGCCCUGGAGCGGAGCUUCAUCGAGAUCUGCGGCUUCGAGAGAGAAGCAGCCCGGAAGGGCCGAGAGGUGACCGUGGACCUCGGUGUGAGUGCUCUUCCUGGUGGGCUGAAGUUUGCAGACAGCGCUGGAGCGUUUCACUAUGAGGAGAGCGGGAAGCUGCUGUCAGUCACCAGCAACAGGUUCAUCCACUGGUCCACGUCUGGAGACUCGGUGCAGUUGGUGGAACAGUCUCUGGACACCAACCUGCUCAACAACUCAGUCAAACUCAAGUUCAGCCACUGCACAGUUUUACCUGGAGGAGUCUCCAUCCAGGAGACGCUCAGCAACGUUGUCGUCCUAAUCUGCACCAAUCAGAGCGUCCACAGGCUGGUGCUGCCGCAUCCGACACGCAUGUACCGCAGCGAGCUGGUGACCGAGCUGCACAUGCAGUCCAUCUUCACCGAUGUGGGGAAGCUGAGCCUGCAGGACUCAGCCCACAGCGCCAUCAUCCCCAGCCAGGUGGGCCAGACGGGGAGUCCGAGCAGCUCCACGGCCUGGCUCAGCUUCCAGGGGGAGGCUCACUAUGCUCUGGCUUCACCUGCAGGAGGCAUCGUGGUGGUGACGCUGCCGCCGCACGAUGCUCCAGGCAGCGUGUCAGUGGUGGAGCUGAAGCGGAGCUCCAUGAUGAGCCGGUUGUCCGGCUGGAUGCCCACAGCGAUCCGAGGAGAACAGAGUCCGGCCGACCUGGUGCUCAGUCUGGCGGUCAGGGAGCUGGAGGAAGACUCCUUCAUCUUCGCCCUCUGUCAGGAUCACAGGCUGCGCAUGUGGUCGCUCAGGGAGCAGGCCUGCCUGCUGGAGACCGACAUGUUGGAGUAUAUGCCGGCCUGUAAAGGUGUUCGCCGUCUGUCCGGUCAGGGCCACCGCCUCAGGCUCGCCUUUUCCACCACCACUGGCCUCUGCCUUGGAGUUUACCUGGCCGUACCUCAACGUGGGCAGUUCACCGUCCUGCAGCUGGUUGCCACCGACAACAACCGCUACAGCCUGGAGCACAUCUCCUCCCUGCUGAGCACACAGGUAACUGCAGUCAUACAGGUAGCUACACCUGUACAGGUAACUGCUAUUAAACCUGAUGCUGGUUCUGGUCCAGUCAGUGUGUAACUGUGUGUGUUUCACAGCAACACAGCAGGUCAGUGGAACCAGGUGUUUGUUCAGCCUCCCCCUGAAGAAGAAGUCCAGAUUGGAGUGGACCUGGACCCCCGGGAGACGUACCUGGAGGUUCUGUUCUCUCCGCUGAGAUUUACUGCUUCAGCCAUCGUUAAAGCCCUGCAGAUCUACCGGCGAGGCUCAGAGAGGAUCUCGGGUGUUUCCUGGGAGGGUCUGAAGAAGGAGGUCACCCAGGCUGUGGAGAUGGAGCUGCAGAGCAGCGUCACAGAGUUUGAGUUCUCUCAGGAGGAGUACCGACAGCUGCAGGUGGAGUUCUGGUCCCGGUUCUACUCCUGCUGCCUGCAGUACCAGGAGGCCCAGUCGGCUCCUCUGGGUCUGACGGUCAGUCAGCACACCGGCAUGGCCUGUCUGCUCAGAAAGGGUUUUGUUUCGUUCCUGCUGCCCUGCUUCGCUGUGGAUCACCUGUACCUGUCCUAUGAUCAGUACCUGUUCUCGGAGGAGGAGACGCCUGUCGCUGAAGACCCUGAGGUGAGCCGUGACGUCCUGCAGCUGGUUCAGUGUCUGCGGUUGGUCAGUGAUGCUGUUUCUCCAGAGAUGGCCUACGAGAUGGAGAAAGCUCUGGAUUACCUGCAGUCACCCGAGAGAGCCGCCGAGUUGGUGCUGGAGAACAUGCUCUGCAACGACAACGACAACGUGAUCGUGGACAUCCAGAACAAACUGCAGGAUGUCCGGAACCCCAUGGCAGCCAUGAUGGUUCUGCUGAGGGAGAUGGACCUGGAGACGGACUCAGAGCUCGGGGCGGAUGGCGUCAUCGCUCCUGGUCAGAGCCUGAACACCCGGAUCAGCCUGUCGCAGCUGUACGGCAGCAGCUCUGCGGUGUCGCUGGUCUGCCAGGCCGUCUGCCACAUGGCCAUGACCAGAGCGCUGUUCUGCAGAGACCUGCUCAUCCUGCAGAAGCUCUACCUGCGCUUCGGAGACAACGUGUUUCUGGGUGGGGGCGCUCAGCUGCUGCAGCUCCAGCAGGACUUGAUUCCUCGCAGCUCUCACCUGCUGUCGUCUUAUCACCUCCUGAAGCACAUCAGCCAGAACCUGGCCUCCUCCAUCCCCAUGGACACGCUAGACGCCAACCUGCAGCACCUCACCGUGCUGGAGCUGUCGGACUCUCCUGCUGCCGCCUGCAGCCGAUCAGUGCUGAGUCCUCAGACGGUGGUGGAGCUCUUCUAUCAGACCGUCGGUCGGAGGAUCAUCAUCUCUCAGGUCUACUCUCAGCAGCAGAGUAGCUCGGUGCUGCUGUGGAGCCACAUGAUGUCCAACGUGGUCCAGCUGCUGGCUCAGCUUCUUUGGCCCAGUAACCCUGGUUUCCAGUUCCCGGAGUGUCUGAUGGCCAACUGUCAGUACACCCAGCUGCAGGAAUACGUGCGUCUGAUUGGUCCGUGGUGUCAGGUGAACAUCGGUUCCUGUCGCUUCAUGCUGGGUCAGUGUUACCUUGCCAACGGGGAGGGUCAGAAGGCUCUGCAGUGUUUCCAGGAAGCAGCGACGGAGGUGGAGAAGGAGGAGUUCCUGAUGAAGCUGACGGGCAGCGAGGACGAAGAGUCCGCCUCCACGCCCCGGCUACAGUAUUACAACAAGGUGCUGCGGCUGCUGGAGGACGUGGGUUUACCUGAGCUGGUCAUCCAGCUCUCCUCUCUGGCCAUAACGGAGGCUGUCAGUGACACCAACAGCCAGGCGGCUCUGUGGACCAGAAUCUUCAAACAUCACCUGGACCUCGGACACAACAGUGAAGCUUAUGAAGCUUUGACACAGAACCCAGACAGCAGCAUGCAGCUGGAUUGUCUCCGUCAGCUGGUGGUGGUUCUGUGUGAACGAUCUCAGCUUCAGGAUCUGGUCCAGUUCCCCUACGUCAACCUGCACGAUGAGUGUCCCUCAGGCAGCUCCUCGGCAGCAGAACUCGUGUCGCUGCUGGUGCAGGUCGGACUCUUUGACUCGGCUCUUUCUCUGAGUCAGACCUUCAGACUCAACCUGACGCCGGUGUUCGAGGGUCUCACCUUCAAAUGCAUCAAGCUGCAGUUUGGGGGGGAGGAGUCUCACAAUGAGGCCUGGAGCUGGUUGGCUGCUAACCAGCUGACUGUGGUCAACACUAAGGAGUCCAGCGCUGCAGACGAGGCGUGGCGGCUGCUGGCCUCCUACCUGGACAGGUAUCCGUCAGCUAACGGGCAGCAUCACCGCUACGUCAUCCACAAGCUGCUGUCACAUGGUGUCCCUCUGCCUGAUUGGCUGGUCAAGUCCUACAAGCGCGUGGACGCUCCAUCUCUGCUCAGGCUGCUGCUGAACUUCGACCUGCUGGAUUCUGCUGCUGAGCUCGUGGUGGAAUACGUCGACGCUGUUCUGGGUCGAGGACAUCAGUACUUUGGAAUCGAGAGGCCUCUGUGUGCGACGUCUCCUCCUGCCUGGCUGCCGUACACGUCCAUCGAUCAGCUGCUUCAGGCUCUGAAUGAGACGCAGACUCACAGCAGCCUCUACAACAGAGUUCAGGACAAGCUGUCCGAGUAUCACCGGGUGGUGGAGCAGAUGACCAGACGCAGACUCAGAGCUGAAGCUGCUGCAAAAGCUCAAAGUGUUUUCUAAUGUUUUCUACUCGUCCUGUUUUUCACUGUACAUGAAUAAAGUGUUUCUUACUGAACUCUA